CUUCUAUAAAGUACUUUUCUUUACAAAGAUUAUGUUCGUGGUUAAAAGAGACGGAAGCAAAGAACGAGUCUUAUUUGACAAGAUUACUUCACGUAUCGCCAAGUUAUGUUAUGGAUUAAAUGAAGAAUUUGUUAGUGCCGCAGAGAUUUCUCAAAAAGUAGUGUCUGGCGUGUAUCAAGGCAUCACUACCGUGGAAUUGGAUAAUCUUGCUGCAGAAACAGCAGCUUAUAUGACCACCGGUCAUCCUGAUUUUGCUGUCCUCGCUGCUCGUAUUGUUAUUUCCAACCUCCAGAAAGAAACAGACCCCAAGUUCAGCACGGUCAUCCACAAGCUCUAUCACCACGAACAUCCUAUCUUGAAGCAACCCAAUCCUCUCAUCUCCAAAGCCCUCUAUGACACUGUCAUGGCCAACGCUGAUAAAAUCGAUUCGGUCAUUGUCAGUGACAGAGAUUAUGAUUUCAAUUUCUUUGGUUUCAAAACUUUGGAACGUAGUUACCUUUUCAAGAUCAACGGCAAGAUCGUCGAACGUCCUCAAUAUAUGAUUAUGCGUGUUGCUAUUGGUAUCCAUGGUAACGAUCUCGUCAGCGCUUUCAAGACCUAUGAGCUCAUGUCUUCCAAGUACUUCACACAUGCCACACCUACCUUAUUCAAUGCAGGUACACCCAAGCCCCAAUUAUCCAGUUGUUUCCUGGUGCAAAUGCGUGAAGAUAGUAUUGAAGGUAUUUAUGAUACUUUGAGUACAUGUGCUCGUAUCUCCAAAGCCGCAGGCGGUGUAGGUGUUUCCUUCCAAAAGGUACGUGCCUCAGGCUCAUAUAUUGCGGGCACCAAUGGUACUUCCAACGGUAUCGUUCCCAUGUUGCGUGUCUUUAACGACACUGCUCGUUUUGUGACACAAGGUGGAGGUAAACGUAACGGUAACUUCGCCAUGUACCUGGAACCUUGGCACGUUGAUGUCUUUGAUUUCUUAGAGUUAAGAAAGAAUAGUGGUGCCGAGGAGAUGCGUGCACGUGAUUUGUUCUUAGGCCUCUGGGUGCCUGAUUUGUUCAUGCAACGGGUGGAAGAAAAUGGAUCUUGGUCCUUAUUCUGUCCUAAUGAAGCCCCUGGUUUGUGUGAUACUUAUGGCGAAAAAUUCAAUGCCCUCUAUACGCGUUAUGAGCAAGAAGGAAAAGCCAGAAAGACUAUUGAUGCUCAAAAGCUUUGGUUUGCUAUCAUGGAAGCUCAAAUCGAAACUGGUAUGCCUUACAUGUGUUAUAAAGAUGCUUGUAAUGAAAAGUCCAAUCAAAAGAACUUGGGAACCAUCACUUCAUCCAACUUAUGUACAGAAAUUAUGGAGUUCACUUCUCCUGAUGAAGUUGCAGUAUGUAAUUUAGCCUCACUUGCGUUACCAAAGUUUGUCAAUGUGGAAACACAGACAUUUGAUUUCGAAAAGCUUCAUGAGGUUGCAAAGGUUGUGACACGUAACUUAAAUAAGGUCAUUGAUGUUAAUUAUUACCCUGUGGAGGAAGCACGUAACAGUAAUAUGCGUCACCGUCCCAUUGGUCUCGGUGUCCAAGGUCUUGCAGACGCUUUCAUCUUGAUGGGAUAUCCCUUUGAUUCUGCCGAAGCUGCUCAAUUAAACAAGGAUAUCUUCGAAGCAAUCUAUUUUGCUUCCUUAACGGCCUCUUGUGAAAUGGCCAGAGAAAAUGGUCCCUAUGAGACCUACCCUGGCUCUCCCAUCAGCCAAGGUAUCCUUCAACACGACAUGUGGAAAGUAGAGGGCUCAGAUCGUUUCGACUGGACCACCUUAAGAGCGAAUAUCAAAAAAUAUGGUGUGCGUAACUCACUUUUGUUGGCUCCUAUGCCUACUGCCAGUACCAGUCAAAUCUUGGGCAACAAUGAAUGUUUCGAGCCCUACACCAGUAAUAUCUAUACCCGUCGUGUCCAAAGUGGUGAAUUCCAAGUGGUAAACCAACAUUUAUUAACAGAUCUUGUUAAGCUUGGUUUGUGGAACGAGAAUGUGAAAAACAUGAUGAUUGCCCAUGGUGGUAGUAUCCAAGAAAUCCCCAAUAUUCCUGAUGAUUUAAAGAAGCUUUACAAGACUGUCUGGGAAAUCUCACAAAGAACCAUUAUUGAUAUGGCUGCAGAUAGAGCAGCUUUCAUUGAUCAAUCGCAAUCCAUGAACUUGUUCUCAGCUGAACCCAAUUAUGGUAAAUUGACCUCAAUGCAUUUCUAUGCUUGGAAGAAGGGACUGAAGACAGGCAUGUACUAUUUACGAUCAAGACCUGCUGUUGAUGCUAUCAAGUUUACGGUUGAUCAAUUGGCUCUUAAAACCAUGUCAUUGGAAGAGAACGAAAUCACUGUGGAUGCAGCAGAACAAAAGAGAUUGGCACAAUUACAAUGUUCUAUAGAUAAUGAAGAUGCUUGUCUCAUGUGCAGUGGAUAAUUUUUUUUUCACUAAAUACUCACACUUUUACACACACUUGCACACAUCCCCUUUACAUUUAUUUAUAAUACUCACCAAGUUUCAUUAUUCACAUUCCCCACCCGAGAAACUGAAGUUUUUUUUAUCAGCAAAAAAUCAUGCAAAAAAAUAAAAUAAAAAAGCAUUUAUAUUUUUUUUAAAAUUC